GCGCCGCCAUAUUGGCUGUUGUCCUGAGAGGGGAGCGGCGGCGGCGGCGGCGCAAGCGGAGCAAGGGAGAGGCGCGAGCGGCAGCAUGACUCGGAGGCGGAGCAGGCCAAGCGGCGGCGCGGGCCGGCGCGAGCGGGCUCGGGCUGCGGGGCCGCAGAAGCCCCAGGCGCCCGAGCCCCCGCCGCCGCCGAGCUUGGAAGCGGGAGCGGGUGCAGGGCCCCCCGAGGCGCCAGCGGAGCCCGACUGCGACGGCACCAGGGAGGAGGACGAGCCCAAGCUGGCGCCUGGCCUGCAGGUCCCCCACACCUCCCGCCAGUCUGUGCAGACUCGCUGCCUGCUGUGUCAUCGGGAGCGCAAAGGCUGGGAAGAGGGGCCUUCCCAAAACGGACUGGUGUUGCAGGGUGAGAAGCUGCCCCCCGACUUCAUGCCAAAGCUCGUCAAGAAUCUCCUAGGCGAGAUGCCUCUGUGGGUCUGCCAGAGCUGCCGCAGGAGCGUGGAGGAAGAUGAAAGGCAGACAGGCCCCGAGCGCGCAGUGGCGAUCUCCUUGUCACACACAUCCUGCAAAUCUCAGUCUUGUGGCGGUGACUCUCAUUCCUCUUCGUCGUCCUCUUCAUCGUCCUCGUCCUCGUCCUCAUCCUGCCAUGGGAACUCAGGGGACUGGGAUCCCAGCUCGUUCCUGUCCGCGCAUAAGCUCUCAGGCCUCUGGAACUCCCCACACUCCAGCGGGGCCGUGCCGGGCAGCUCGCUCGGGAGUCCUCCUUCCGUCCCCGGUGAGAUUUUCCCCGUCUCAGAGCACCGCCGGCACUCAGACCUCACUGCGCCGCCUAACAGCCCCACCGGCCACCACCCCCAGCCAGCGUCGCUGACCCCAUCUCACUCUGGAUCCUUUGGCUCACCACCCCACCCGCACCUGCUGCCCCCCACCCCCGCCGCGCCAUUCCCCGCGCAGGCGUCAGAAUGCCCUGCUGCCGCUGCCACCGUGCCACACCCCCCAGGGGCAUGUCAGAGCCCCCACCUGCCUUCCACCAGCAUGCCGCUCCUGAAGAUGCCUCCUUCCUUCUCGGGGUGCAGCCACCCCUGCGGCGGGCACUGCGGCGGGCACUGCGGCGGGCCUCUGCUCCCGGCACCCAGCCCGCAGCAGCUCUCUGGCACUCACAGCAGAGACCCGGGGUGCAAGGGGCACAAGUUUACACACAGCGGCCUGGCCUGCCAGCUGCCCCAGCCCUGCGAGGCAGACGAGGGGCUGGGCGAGGAAGAGGACAGCAGCUCAGAACGUAGCUCCUGCACCUCGUCCUCCACCCACCAGAGAGAUGGGAAGUUCUGUGACUGCUGCUACUGUGAGUUCUUCGGCCACAAUGCGCCACCCGCUGCCCCGACGAGUCGGAAUUAUACCGAGAUCCGAGAGAAGCUCCGUUCGCGGCUGACCAGGCGGAAAGAGGAGCUGCCUAUGAAGGGGGGCGCCCUGGGCGGGAUCCCUGGGGAGCCCGCCGUGGACCACCGAGAUGUGGAUGAACUGCUGGAAUUCAUCAACAGCACGGAGCCCAAAGUCCCCAACAGCGCCAGGGCCGCCAAACGGGCCCGGCACAAGCUGAAAAAGAAGGAAAAGGAGAAGGCCCAGUUGGCAGCAGAAGCUCUAAAGCAGGUGAAUCGUGGUGUUUCUGGAAGCCGGGAGCUGGCGCCCGGCAGGGAAAGGCUUUUGGAGUGGCCUGACCAGGAGCUGGAUCGGGUCAACAGCUUCCUGAGCAGCCGCCUGCGGGAAAUCAAGAACACUGUCAAGGACUCCAUCCGUGCCAGCUUCAGUGUGUGUGAGCUCAGCGUGGACAGCAAUGGCUUCUCAAAGGAGGGGGCUGCUGAGCCUGAGACCCACAGUCUGCCCCCAUCGAACCUCAACGGCUCCUCGGAGCACCGGCCUGACAUCAACCUCGACCUGUCCCCUUUGACUUUGGGCUCCCCUCAAAACCACGCGUUACAAGCUCCAAGCGAGUCAGCCCCACCAUGGGCAGAAAUGAGAGGCCCCCAGCCGCCAUGGACAGAGGUGAGGGGCCCCCCGCCCGGUAUCAUCCCUGAGAACGGGCUAGUGAGGAGACUCAACACCGUGCCCAACCUGUCCCGGGUGAUCUGGGUCAAAACGCCCAAGCCAGGCAACACCAGCUCUGAGGAACCAAGCCCAAAGGAGGCUCCUAGUUGCAAGCAGGAGCUGCCUGAGCCCGUAGCCUCGGGUGGGAAGCUGCGGAAAGGCAAGAGACAGGGCAGCCAAGCCAAGAAGAGCGAGGCGAGCCCAGCCCCCAGGCCCUCGGCCGGCCCGGAGGCUGCCGGUGCUAAGGGCCAGGCCUCUAGCCCCAAGCAGCCAGGCAAGGCCGUGGAGCCUCCCAAAGUGGGCGGCUGUGCUGAGGCCGGAGAGGGGGGCCGCGGGGGCCGGGCAGGACCAGGCUGGGCCAGCAGCCCCAAAGCCGACAAGGAGAAGGGCAGCUCCUGGCGAAACUGGCCAGGGGAGGCCAAGGCACGGCUUGCGCAACAGGAGUCUGUGCAGCCCCCGGGCCCAGCAAGGCCGCAGAGCUUGCCGCAGGGCAAGGGCCGCAGCCGCCGGAGCCGCAACAAGCAGGAGAAGUCGGCCUCCUCCUUGGACGACGUGUUCCUGCCCAAGGACACGGACGGGGCGGAGAUGGACGAGACGGACCGGGAGGUGGAGUACUUCAAGAGGUUCUGUUUGGAUUCUGCAAAGCAAACACGUCAGAAAGUUGCUGUGAACUGGACCAACUUCAGCCUCAAAAAAACCACUCCCAGCACAGCUCAGUGAGCCCCUGCCGGGUCCAGCGUCUUCAGGGUGUCCUGAGACGCCCCCCUGCCAGCUGAAGGCCUACAGUUUCUUACUCCUCCACGUCGCACCCACCUGCCCAAGACCCACCGUGCUCCCGCCAUCCCGGACCAACCGGAAGCUGAGUGGAUGCCGAGCCGGGCUGGGGCCCCUCAGGACCCCCACAGAGCCGCCUCCUGGUGCUACGCAGCCUCCACACUCAGAGCCCGGGGGCUGGGCUGGCCUGUGGGCGGGGGGCUGAUGGUACUGCUGGCCCAACACUGCUCUUUUUGUGUUUGUUUUUUUGUUUUUGUUUGUUUUAUUUUAUUUUUUUAAUUCUUUACUUUUGAUACUGUGAAGAUCUUUCCUGCGAUAAAGCAACAUUUGGA